CGGAGCUGCUUGCCGUUCCAUUACACGGAUCCGUUUCUUCCGUUCGAUCAGUGCAGCAGCUGCGGAGGUCUGAGCAAACUCUUGCCUCUUUCUCCCGUGUCUCGGAUACUUUACGGUCCCACGCGCCGCGUGUCCUCUUUCAACGGCAUUACAAUCACCCGUUUAGAUCGUCCCGGUAACCGAGAACGGAUCCGUCCCGAGAUGGUGUUGGCUCUCGGUCUGUUUGUGUCUCUGACGGUGGUGUCGGUCACAGGCAGCAGUGCCGGUAACCCGCCGGACAAGGAGAAGUGGAUGAGCUCCGUGUCCCAGUACGAUAAGAGCAAAUACUGGAACAAAUUCCGCGACGAUGAUUACUUCAGAACCUGGAACCCCGAGAAAGUAGAAGAUCAAGAAACGUCGAGCGCACCGGGACCACGGGCAGAACAAGCCUCAAAAACACAGAUCAGGAGCAGAGCAACUGAUGGACUUGACACCACUAAAGAUCCCUGUAUGAAGGUUCACUGUCCACCUCACAAAGUGUGUGUGAGUCAUGACUUUCAGACAGCCAUCUGCACCAAUCACAAACCUGCACCGCACAGCAUUAAGCCCAGAAAAGGAAGUCUUCUCCAUAAACAUUGGAUGGGUGCUAUGAAUCAUGGGAAAUGUAGGGCAUGUCCUGUUGUUCACUCCAACCCAGUGUGUGGCUCUGAUGGACACACAUAUUCCUCAAAGUGUAAACUUGAGUACCAGGCUUGCAGCUCCAGCAAGAGUAUCACAGUGAAGUGUGAAGGUCCGUGUCCCUGUCUGCCAGCACAGGACAUCAUCAAACCACAUACUGAGAGAAACGGUUGUAGUGAUGCUGAUUUGAGAAGUUUAGCAUCCAGACUCAAAGACUGGUUCGGGGUUCUGCACACGGACGCCAACAGAGACCUUAAAAGUGGCGCAAGCGAUUCAACUCAAGGACGUUUUGACACCAGCAUUUUGCCGAUCUGUAAAGAUUCUCUCGGUUGGAUGUUCAACAAGCUGGACAUGAACUAUGACCUGCUGCUUGACCAAUCAGAGCUCAGCGCCAUUUACCUGGAUAAAUAUGAGCUGUGCAUGCGACCUCUGUUCAAUUCCUGUGACUCCUUUAAAGAUGGAAAACUAUCCAACAAUGAGUGGUGUUACUGCUUCCAGAAACCUGAUGGUAUGCCAUGUCAGAAUGAGAUGAACAGGGUUCAUUCUCACAGCAGAAGGAAGACUAUGUUAGGGGUGUAUGUUCCCCGCUGUACUGAAGAUGGUUAUUUUAAAGCCACUCAGUGUCAUGCCAGUACUGGUCAGUGCUGGUGCGUAGACAAAUACGGCAAUGAGAUCGCAGGAUCCCGCCGACAGGGCAACCCAGCCUGUGAGGAAGAUCAGGAGACAUCUGGUGACUUCGGUAGUGGCGGCGCAGUGAUUCUACUGAACGAUCAAGAGGAGGAGUCUCCACAGCAUGGCCGGGGCAGACAGAAAGAGAGACGGGGACGGCUUCACCCCCGCGGGGCGAUUGAGGACGACGAGGAUGCAGAGGAUGACGAGAUAGGCUACGUCUGGUAGCUCCUCCCACCCAUCUUCCACUAAUUAACCAGGGACCCAUGUUUAAAAAUGCACAGUUCUGAAGCCAUUCCAGACCCGCCCCCAAACAGCCGACCUCUCCGCUGGUCCGUUUAUGUCCUGUUCAUUUUCUGGAUUCUUGCAUUUCUUUCCCACAUUUUCUUACUUUCUCUUUCUUUGGCCGGCUGUUCAUGUUCUGUCCUCUGAUUUCCCUCAUUUACACACAAAGAUUGCGUCUUUUGUGGGCUCUAUACUGCGACGGUAGACAUGCAUGACAAGAUUGUCAAGGGUUUCCAUAAGUUUUUUGGAAAUUUUUCUACAUAGAUGGAGGUUUUUAGAGGUGUAAAGCGAAGUUCUCAGUGGUCGUAUGCAUGAACACCACUUAAGAAUGCUGGAGACGACAUCUGAGACGUUAAAGAUCAGAAGCUGGAGAUUGUUGCCAGCUGUCAGGUUGUCCGCUCUUCUAGCGUAGGACGCAACAGGUCGUCUUGUACGCAAACUGCUUAAAAAUCCUAAUUACAGUCAUUUCCACAUACAUUAUGAGCAAACAAGCAAAACAUUAUUUUUUUCGUUUCAGUUGAUGAUUUAGUGUUUGAUUUAUUUCUCUCACUUAAUUGUUUGAACAGUCUCCAAGUGUUUAAGUGAGUCCUGACCUUUGCAUUUGCUCGUGAUAUAUUCGCUGAAGAUCAGGAGUCUCGGCUCGACAGAAUUCAGACGCGAUCAAACGCCUCGUCGAUCUGACCUUUUCAAACAACACCAAAAUGUUUCCGCUCACAAGAAAACAGAAGGCAAAUGAAAAAGCUCUCUCUGUGACGGUUGGAGAGAGCGCUGCCUCGCCGUUUGGCUUUCCGCCGAAUUUCAUAUCAUCAGCACAUUUGAAGGGGAGAAUACCGAGAUCUGUGGCCUGAGGUGACGUCUGCUUUUAAUAAUUCAUCCUUUAUUUGUCAAACCCAGGGCUGUUUAUCAGCUUCAAAAAUCUGUUUAAAGAAAGCACUUUUGACUUUGAGUUCGUUUUGUAGAGCAGAACGAUUUUAGGUUGUCUUGUUCUGGUCAUUCAAGAAUAAAACCUUUCAAAAGCACAAGUCAAGUUCAGUUCCUCAUGUUGGAAGUAAAAAUGUGAAAUUAAUACGUAAUACGCAAUGAUUUAAAAACUGCUUCACGGCAAAUGAUGUUUUACUGAUGCUCUCGCGCUUGCUCAGCUCUAACGUCAAUCCCACAAUCCCCACUGCUUGGCUCUAUAACACGGUAAAAAAAUAAAUGCAGCAUUUUUGUCAGAUCAACAUAUAUAGAGCAUGGAAAAUAAGUAUUUGACACAUCAGCAUUUUUAUCAGUAAGAGGAUUUCUAAGUGGGCUAUUGACACAAAAUUUCCACCAGAUGUAGCCAUCAAGCCAAAUAUUGAAUUCAUACAAAGAAAUCAGAACAUUUAAGUAUACAAGUUGAGUCAUAAUAAAUAAAGUGAAAUGACACAGGGAAUAAAUAUUGAACACACUUUAUUGAAUACUUUGUAGAAAAGCCUUUGUUGGUGAUUACAGCUUCUAGACGCCUCUUGUAUGGAGAGACCAGUCAUCUGCAUUGCUCAGGAGUGAUUCUGGUCCAUUAUUCCACACAAAUUGUCUUUAAAUCUUGAAGGUUCCUUGUGCCUCUUAUGAACUUUGAUCUUCAGUUCUCCAUAGAUUUUCUAUGGGAUUUAGGUCAGGUGAAUGACUGGGCCAUUCAAGUAAAUUUCCUCAGCCUUGUAUUUGUCCACCCUCUCUUCAUUUUCAGCUUUCUAGUAGAUGGCAGCAAAUUUUCAUCCAGAAUGUCCCGGUACAUUUCUCCAUUCAUCCUGCCUUCAAUAAUAUGAGUCUAUCAGUACCCUUUGCUGAAAAGCAGCCCCAAACCAUGAUGCUUCCACCCCCAAACUUAACUGUUGGUAUGGUGUUUUUGGGGUGGUGGGCAGUGCCAUUUUUUCUCCAAACAUGGUGUGUAGAAUGACUGCCAAAAAGUUCAAUUUUGCUUUCAUCUGACCAUACAAUAGUCUCCCAAUAAUCCACAGGCUUCUCCAAAUGCUCUUUCGCAAAUUUUAACCGAGCCUCAACAUGCUUUUUAUUCAGCAAUGGAGUCUUGUGUGGAAUGCCAUGGUAGUUCGGUUCAUUGGUUAGUUUUCUUUGAAACAACAGUACCUGCUGAUGCAAGGUCUUCCUGAAGUUCUGCCCGAGUGGUUCUUGGCUCUUGAAAAACUCUCCUGAUUUUUCUUUGGACUCCUCAGACAGGGAUCUUAUGUGGAGCACCUGAUCGUGGCCAGUUUAUGGUGAAGUGAUGCUCUUUCCAUUUCCGGAUAAUGGCCCACACAGUGCUCAAAGGAACAUUCAGCAUUCUGGAAAUGCACAAUUCCCAUCAGAAUGCUUUUCAACGAUAAGAUUACAAAGAUCUUGAGAGAGUUCUUUGCUUUUACGCAUCAUGAAGUCUUUUCUGUGUGCCUCCUGGGUAAUAAGAAGCCUUUAUAGGCCAUCAAUUAAUGACUAAAGCAGCUGAUACCAAUUAGUACUGAUAGGGGGCAGGGUUUCUCUCUCAAUACAGACAGAUUUCAGGUGAUCUCCUGGCUUUCUAUGCCAUUUUCCACCUUGUUCUCUUCAUGUGUUUAAUACUUAUUCCCUGUGUCAUUUCACUUUAUUUAUUAUGGCUCAACUUGUAUACUUAAAUGUUCUGAUUUCUUUGUCGAAUACUUAUUUCCUCCGCUGUAUAUAUAUUUAUGUUACUUUAACUUAAAAUAAAAGUUAAACAAUUUAAACUUGUUUUAUAAGUUAUGUCAACUUAUGUUGAAUUGACUUGAAAACCAAGUUGUUUCAUGCUGCAUUUUUUGUAACAGUGUAUAGUGUGAAUCAAAAACGGAUGCUCGCUGCACACAAGUAACCAUAUACAGUUCCUAUAGCUGUCUAUGAGUCAGAUCUGAUCAGAUCCAAACACAGCAGAACCCGUCAGUGCUGAUCUUAGAUCUGUAUGAGCACACACACACAUUUGUCUUUUCUCACUCACAUGAACAGCGUUUGAAAGUAUUGAGAUCUACUGUGUGUGUGUGUUCUUCACAGAAGGAGAUGUUUCGCUCAGUGAUUAUAGAGGCUGGUACAGAUGGAUUAUAUGAGGCGUUCUGCACCCAGAGGGGAAAUUUCUGAGCCCCCCUUAGGGAUUAUGGGUAACAGAGGAAAGAACUGAUGGCUCAUGGCUCCCUAGCACCUCUUCUGCUUUUCUCUUACUGUUUCCUCUCUUCAGAAAAUCAUCUUUUUGUGGGGUAGAAGAGACUUUCAUAGAUAAACAUAGGAUUCAAAUGGACAUUUUUAAAGAAGUAGUUCACCCAGAUAUAAAAAAUUCAUGUUAUUCCAUCUAAGCGAGGUGUUCUCAAUCUUUAUCACUUCAAAGCCUCCCUAUUGUAGACAAUAUUAUUUGAAGACCCCCAACUCUAAAUUUCUAGCAAAUGAAAUAUACUACAGCUUGACAUAACUUGAUAGAUGUGCUAUCUUUACAAAAAUAACCAAACACCAGGAAAUAUCUAGAUUUCUAGUUGUUUUUAGCUUAUUUUAAUGCUUGUUUUGUCUCAUUUUAAAUAUUUUAAGGCCAUCUUGAGGUCGCCUUGGAAGUUUGUUGAUCCCACCUUUAGGCCCCAGCCCUCUGGUUGAGAAACACUUAUUUAAGCUGCUCUUUAAUAUUGAUAGAAAACAUUCAGGUUCAUUCAUUCAUGGUCCCCAAAUUCUGCUGGUUUGUCUCGUAACAAAUUGCCGAAUUUGAAUAAAAGCAAGAAUUAAUUUUAUGGGGCUAUGAAGGAAGACAAACGUUUGAAGUAAAUAGCUAUGUUUCCAUCCACCAGUUUAAAAACAAUAUGUAGGAUUUUCACCAUUAGAGGUCGCUAUUACACAAAAACACAAUAACAAAGACAAAGCUUAACAACGUUUUGAAGCAAAAUCAAAUAGAUGUUGUUUUCACCAUCAAAAGAUUGCUGUAUAACCGUCACUUCGACGCUUGUCCACUAGUGUUGCCAUAAGCCGCCUUUCGGCUGUACAUGACAUUCGAAAAGGCUUUCGGAGUUCGCCCCCUAGUGGCAGUCAUCAUGAAAUUUCAGUUUAAUCGUGAAUCCUUGCCAACAUAGGAGAGAAGCUUAUUCCAGCGCAAAAGUCUUCAAUCAAAGAAUAUUCACUAUAUUCAGUAGAAUAAAUAAAUUAAUACAAAUGAAUAAAACAAUAAACAGUUAUGAAUAUAUGACAAAGACUAAUUGCAUACAAAAUAAAAGUGCAUAAAAUAUAUAAAAAUAUAAAUAAAUAUAUAUACACAUGUAAAUGUUUCUUUAAUACAUACAUGAAUAUGUGUGUAUUUAUAUAUACAUAAUAAUUACACACAGCACACCCUCAAUUAUGCAAAAAAAACGAAAAUUUAUUUGAUUAACACUUGUAUUAAACUUGAACUCAACUUUCAUACAAAGAUGGGUUCAAGUUUACUACAAGUGGUACCUAAAUACAUUUUUUAAAUACAUUUUUAGCACAUUUUAGUUCAUAUUUAUGUUGUCUCAAAAUAGCACAGUGAAGUACACUUAGAUGUUCUUUAGAUUAUCUCAAGAAGUACUAAAGAUUAUUUUUUUUAGAAUAUUAAGUACAAAAUUUGUCCGCAAUAAUAGAGCACUUUGGAAGUGUACUUCUUUUUCACCUGGGAUCACUUAUCAGUAAUAAAUAGUUUUUAACGUUAAAUAGUUACUGAUAACGUUAAACAAAAAAGGAUUAAUGAUUUUCCCCUCACAGACAGUUUUUGAUUGGAAUACACUGAUAUACAUCACUUUCGGUCAACGUAUCGCAAAUGAAAACAUUUUAGCGGAUCCAACGCUCAAAGCGAAUCCGAAAAUUACGCAUCCACAGAUGGUGGUCACCUCACUCAGCCUCUUUACGACUCUCUAUAGGGAAUGAAUGACUUCCGGGUUAUCGGCCUUCAUUUGCCGUGUACAGUGGAAAGGCGGCUAUAAUUUCUACAACAAGAAACUGUGGAUAGCGUGGAUAUUAAGUCACUAAAAGUGCGACAAUUACAAGGGAGACGAGAUAACAGGAAUUUUCGAAACAGGAAUUUCUAGGAACUUUUAGGAUAAUUUAAGUACACAACUCCAUAAAAAUAUAUCACACUGUGCAAGUGGUUUUUGGAUAUUUUAUCACAGCUUUAAUAUGCAUUUUGAAAUAUUGCAUAAAAAUGGCGAAAACUUACGGGCUUAAAAUGAGUUCAAUCAUUUUAUCCAAUAAGAGGAAAUCCACAUAAACUGCGAUGGAAACACAUUUACUUAAAGAUACAAUUUGUAUUUAUGUGCCGAAAGAUGGCGCCAGAUCAAACAAAAACAAUGAUGUUGUUUACUGAUGCUCUGAAGCAGCGUGGAAUUAUGGGAUUUGUAGUCUUUAACUUUAGCCAUCAAUCAGACGAGAACGAGAAAUCACGUUGAUGGAUAAGGUAAUCAAGUCUUAUAAAUGUUGCGUUUGAUGACAUCGUUUAUUUCAUCAUGUAAGUUUAUAUGUGAUGUUCAAAACGAAAUUGUAAGUCAUAUUGAUAUUACAGUAUUAGUCCAAAUUCGAUGGUAAACACAGCUCAGAAUUAAGUUUUCAACUUACAAUGAUUUUUCACAUAAUGUAUUGACAGUAUAAAUCUUAUUGUGAAGUGUCUUAAAAUGACCAUUUAUAUUGCUGUACAAUACCUUUUGAUGUGCAUAUCGUCCGCGGGAAGACGCGCUGAUUACAGUCUACACACUAAUGUUGUGAUCAAUAUAAUAGCAUACGUUUUUUGAAGGGUUACGAAUCAAAACAACUCACCCAUCGCGUAAAACACAAGCAGGAUCAGAAUCUCACAAUACCUUUGAUGUGCAUAUCGUCCGCGGGAAGACGCGCUGAUUACAGUAAUGUUGUCAUCAAUAUAAUAGCAUACGUUUUUUGAAGGGUUACGAAUCAAAACAACUCACCCAUCGCGUAAAACACAAGCAGGAUCAGAAUCUCGGUCUAGUUAAAUGUUGUCGUGAAGCUCUCUCUAUCCAGAUAAUGCAACACCAAAUUGAUCCUCCCUCGUUUUGUUCCAAACUCUUCUUGGGUCGUUUGGUUGGCCCGUACGCUUACAGGAGCUGACACAACCAGCGGCAGAUGGUACAGAGAUAUCCAUAAGUCCAUAAGCAAGCGCAUAGUUCCGCAUUUGUCCACAACACUGGCUGCGUCCAAAAACUCAAGGCAGUGAGGACUGUGAGGACUUGUGGCCUCGCUGCCUCAUGAGGACAUGACUUCGGACUCGGAGGCCUGAAGGCCGCUCAGAGAAAGGCUUUCCGACGCACUUCAAAGGCAGCGUGUUUGAAAUAAAAACAGAGAGCGCCUUUGUGAUAACUAAUCACAUAUUUGAAAACUACAAUACUAAUUUCUCGCUAGAAAUGCAAUUAAAAUGCUUAAAAAGUGAAAAUAUACGUUUAUUUUCACUAAAUUUGUGCUCCAGCCGCUUCCUUGGCCGCCAUUUUAUUUUUUCGAGCUCGACCAGUUUUCUCAUGUGGGUUACGUCAGUAAAGGCGGUGACAAAGGGUCACAUGGAUAUUAACGUCAUUGACAGGAGACUGCACUGCCCCAUGUCAAUGUUUUGAAUGGAAAUUUUCUCAAGAUUUACAAGUAGUAGAAAACAUUACAGAUAUUGAUAGUAAUCAGCUGGACAAAAUAUAUAACACUGGCCUAGUGGUUUUUGGAGAUUUUACUGCAAAUAUCUUACAAAUUGCACCUUUAAAUAAAAUCCUCGAUGCACAUCAACAAUAGUCAUGUGACUUUGACUUUUGCGUGACUGGGGCGCAAUGAGAUUGAUCUCAGUACACAGCAUCUGUAUAAUGAUCUUUCAGAACCAUCUGUCUUACAAGACUGCGUUCCAAUCCUCUAUUUGCAAAUGAUUUUUGAGAUUUUCAGAUUUUGAUAUUCCAAAGUUAUAUUUGCAACUUUGGAUGGAAACAUAGCUAGCGAUAACAAUUUUAUUUUUGGAUGAACGACCCACUUUAAAUGUCCUAAAAAUAUUCCAGUCAGGUUAAGUGAAGGUUCUGAAUCUCUCUUUCUGUUUCUCAUUCUCUCAUGUGAUGUCAUCAACUAACGUGUGAUAAAUCAUGAGCUCAGUAUAUGUAAAUGAAAGACACAGCAUCACACACAGACACACACGUAUGAACUCAUGACAUUAUGGACUUCUUUGCUGACCCACCUGAUGAUGACUUUUGACCUUUGAGGUGACCUCUCCCCUGCUGUAGUGCUGCUGUAUGUCUGAUGCCUGGCCUGCAACUAUAACCCCCCCAAACUUACUGUUCCCGUCUCUGCCUGCUUCGCUCCUGUACAGAGGUGCAAUAAAAGCUUCAUUACACACACACACACACACACACACCUGUUCUGCAGCUACAGAUUCGAUGGCCAUAUUUGCAAGAGUUUCCUUUGUUAAUCCUCUAUAUUUUUUACUCUGUAAAGACAAUAAUUCAUGUGUAAAAAACGAAAAAUGCUGAAUGUUCAACUGGAGAUGUAAUGUAAUGAUGUCAUGUGGCUUUGUCCAUUUGCCUUGCCUGAGUCUGGAUGUGUUAAAGCCCUCCUGUCCUCCUGACUGUAGUGUAGAUAUCCCCUCUACUGUACGUGUCUCUCUCUCUCUCUCUCUCUCUCUCUCUCUCUCUCUCUCUCUCUCAUCCACUGAGUCUGUCUCCGACUCGUGUGUAUUUACUAGUGCUCGACUGCUGUGGGUCAGUUCUAAGAUGAGUUGAUAAACGGCCGGUCGAACACCAGCACAGAUCAAUGGAUGAGUCUCUCUCUCUCUCUCUCUCUCUCUCUCUCUCUCUCUCUCUCUCUCUCUCUCACUCCUCAUGUCCUCUAUUUACACUUUAUCCGAUUUCCCUGAUCGAGAGUCCCAGUGGAAUGUUCUUGUUCUGGGCUAAUUCAUUUUCUUUGCUUUGUUUUUCUUUGACUUCCUGUUUCGUUUGUUUGUUUGUUUGUUUUUAACUGUUAAAUGGUUCCUUGAGAAAAUGUUUGUCUGAAUAAAACUGGAGUUUGUCGUCAACCAGUA